GAUGAUGUUUUGUAAUUGCUUGAUAUUCAGUUUACAAUGAUAGGAAACAGGGAAAAGCAGUACAUCCUUACAUUUCAGAAACUUCUGAAACUACAGAAUUUAAUUAUAAUAUAAUAAUAACAUAAAUAAUUUUCAUAAAACAAAACUUCAAUAGCUUGAUGUGGCUUUUAUGAGACUAAAUCACCUAAAACUAAAGCUUGAGGUGUAGUAUUGCCCUGCGACUGAACCUUGACCCCAGGUAACGCCUCCCACCUAUCCGCUGUAAAAUUGCUCACAGCCACAAGAGUCCUCCCUCUCUCCUCUCUCUCUCUGCUCUCCUGUACAUGUCUUGACAUGCCGAGAAACACCAAGGGAGGGAGGAGACAAAAAAACAAGAAAAACUGGAGCCCAUGAGAGACAGAGACAGACAGAGAGAGAAGGAGGUGUGAGGUAUGAACAGAGGGUUGUAAAGAGCUGGGGGCAUGAGAAAGGAAAAGGAUAUCUCAUGCUGAAGCUUUGGGAUCGAUGAUUGUAGCGGGACAGAAACUGAGAUGAGGCAAGACUGUAGCUGUAAUUGGAAGAAGGGAGGACGACUCAGUCAGGGGAAUGCUCCAUGAUCUCCAGUUUAGACAUUAUGAAUGACGGUAACCAUGAAUCCUCCUCUUGGCAUUGGUGUUUCAUAUCGUGCCGGAAGAAGAAUGAGGAAAAAAACGAAUGAAGAUAAAGAAGAGGAACUGGCAGUGUGAGGAAAUACUCAGGCAUUGCCCAGAGCCGUCAGGGAACCAGAGGUGUCACCAGCUUCAGCUCAGCCUAAAAGUCACAGUAAAAUUACUGGAGGAGCAUGGGAUGUAGAGUCCAGAGCUGUGAGUUGUCCCCUGGAUGUCAGACCACCAGGAACAAAUGAGUAGCAGUGGAUUUGGCAGCAGCUCCAGCUUGCUCCAGGGUCGGCGUUUCUACUGCCGGGAAUGGGCCCUGGACAAGUUGCGGCGCUACCUGGACACCCGCACAGUGCCAGGACAGCCCCCAGGGCUGCUGGUGACUGGGGGCCCUGGCGCCGGGAAAACUGCCCUGUGCACUGAGGUGGUGUGGCCCACCUCGAAGACAGGGCUGGCAGUCGGGCUGGCACCACGUUGCCUGGCAUCCCACUUCUGCCAAAGGGAGGACCAGAGAAGUACUGAGGUGUGGAGGUUUGUCCUGGGCCUGGUGGAGCAGCUGAGGGCCUCACCUCUCCUCUCUCCUGGGUAUGAAAAGAUCCUUAACAGCCCGUCUGUAUCCUCUGCUUUGGAGCCUGUCACCUGUCAAAGAAACCCUGAUGACACCUUCAAGAGAGCUGUGUUGAGACCCCUGUUAGAUGUUCCGCCUCCUGCCCAGACUCUGAUGGUGUUGGUGGAUUCCCUGGACGUGGGAUAUGAGGCAGGCAAAGGAGGUGGGAAGAGUGGCUCUAUUGCAGAGCUCCUGGCCGCUAAUCAACACCUCCUGCCUGGCUGGCUGCUGCUGGUUUGCUCCGUCCGACGCCACAGCAAGGCUGUGUGCAAGAUGUUCUCAGGUUUUCGUAAACUCUGUCUGGAUGAUCUGCGGAAGCCCCCACCUGUUCGUGACGUGCAGCAGUACAUCCUCUGCCGGCUGGAUGAAGAAGUGGAACUUCGCCGUCAGCUCACCCCUGAUACUGCUGACAUGCUGAAUCUGCUGCACAUAAAGAGCGGCGGAUGCUUUCUGUUCCUUGAACGUGUGCUGGAUGGUGUGGCAGGUGCACUGGUGGGUCUCCGGGAGAUUCGGGACAUCCCUGGGACUCUCAAUGGCCUCUAUCUGUGGUUGUGCCAGAGACUGUUCCCCCGGGGGCUCUUUUUCUAUGUCAGGCCUCUCCUCAAUGUCCUCUUGGUUGCCCCAAGGCCCCUCACGCCCCAGCAGCUGUUCACAGCAGUAUGGUCACAUGAUACCUUGCUCAGCCUCCAGGACUUCCAAAACAAGCUCCGAACCCUCUCUCCUCUCUUGAUUGAUGGCCCUGAGGGCACCAAACUACUCUUUCAUGCCAGCUUUGCUGAGUGGCUGACAGAUGUUAAGUAUUGCACACAGAAGUACCUGUGUAGCAGAACAGAGGGUCACGGUAUGCUUGCAAUGGCACUGACUUUGCAGGGACCCCACCUGGAUAUUGAGGAUACUUGCCAGCUAGCCACACAUUUAGUUUGCUCAGGUCACCAUAAAGAUAACCUCCCAUUAUUGGCACUAUGGAUGCUGUGGGCAGGGGUGCCUGCACUUACUCCUGGCAGCAGUAGUGCCCUCACCACAUCCUUAAACCAGCCUCCUGUUCAAGUCAGUCAAGAAGUUCUUCAGCUGUUAAUGGGGAGUGGGCUUGUUCCUGCAGACUUUUUUUCAGAUGCAGGCCCAAGUGCUGGAUUACAUUGUAUAGGUGAUGAGGGAACUACUGUACAACAGGCAUUUGAAUCGGAGGGGUCUGUGAAGAAGCUGCUAGACAGCGGGGUGUCUGUAAGUCAGCCUGGUUCUACAGAUGGAAAGACUUUGCUUGCCAGUGCAGCCCACGAGGGUUCUGCAAAUGUAGCCAAACUUCUCUUAACACAAGGUUAUGAUCCACUGCAAAUUGAUCAUCAGGGUCAAACACCACUGACUUUGGCUUCCAGGCAGGGUUAUGUGAAAGUGUUGUCUGUGCUCCUGGAAUGGGCAAAGAACCAGGAGCCAGAAAUUGCAACACGGAUGAUGGAGCAUGUCGACAGUGAAGGUUGGACAGCACUGCGCUCUGCAGCUUGGGGAGGACACAGUGAGGCUGUCCGGCUUCUGCUUGAUGCAGGAGCAGUUGUGGAUGGAUGCGACAGUGAGGGCCGGACUGCUCUCCGAGCUGCUGCAUGGGGGGGUCAUGAGGAAAUUGUUCUGACCCUGCUGGACUAUGGGGCACAGGUUGACAAAGCUGACAGCAACGGCCGCACCCCGCUUAUUGCUGCUGCCUAUAUGGGACAUCAUGAAGCUGUAGAGAUAUUGCUGGACCACAAUGCUGAAGUUGACUUAGCUGAUGGAGAUGGCCGCACUGCUCUGUCAGUCGCUGCCCUCUGUGUCCCUACAGCAGCAGGGCUGAAAGGUUAUGGUGCGGUAGUAAGUCUGUUACUGGAGCGUGGAGCAGAUCCAGGACACAGAGACCAUGAUGGAAUGACACCAUUGCUUCUUGCAGCCUAUGAGGGCCAUGAUGACGUAGUUGAGCUUCUGUUAGAAGCAGGUGCUGAUGUAGAUGAGACUGCUGGCCCUGAUGGCAAUGUUCCUGCUGCAGCCGCUGUUACUCCCCUGCUGGCAGCUGCAGCAAUGGGCCACAUGAAAACAGUGUCACGGCUGCUUUUCUGGGGAGCAGCUGUGGAUGCCAUUGAUUGUGAAGGCAGGACGGCACUCUGCUUGGCAGCAGCAAGAGGGAGUGUUGAGGUUGUCCGUGCCCUGCUGGAUAGAGGCCUGGACGAGAACCAUAAGGAUGACCUUGGCUGGACUCCACUGCACGCUGCUGCCUGUGAAGGUCAUCGGGCUGUGUGUGCUGCUUUGACAGAGCAAGGCAGCAUGGCACGUGUCGGAGAUAUGGACAUUGAAGGACGCACCCCUCUUAUACUGGCUGCCCAGGAAGGUCACUGGAGCACUGUAAGGCUGUUGUUGGACAGACGUUCCCCCAUCGACCACAGGGCGUAUGAUGGACAUUCUGCCUUGAGUGCCGCCCUCCUGGGGAGCCAUGCUGAAGUCGCAGAGCUGCUUAUGAGGCGAGGGGCUGAUACUGAUGUCCGGGAUGCAGAAGGAAGGCCUCUACUCUACCUCCUGGUGUUAGAGAGUCGCCUUGACAUGGCUACUCUCCUCAUACAGAAAGGGGGGGUGCCUCUGGAGUCCCGAGACUCUGAGGGCCGCACAGCACUUCAUGUGGCUUCCUGGCAGGGAUGUGUGGAGAUGGUAGACCUACUUUUAAAGCACGGGGCAAACCCCAAUGCACAGGACACAGAGGGGAGACCACCAUUGCAUUCAGUGGCUUGGACGGGACAUGCCAAAGUAGGACAUUGUCUCCUAGAAGCCAGUGGUGUCAAUAUAGACCUUGCUUGCCACCAAGGCGCAACAGCUUUGAGCAUCACUGCCCAGGAGGGACAUUCUGACAUUGUUUCAAUGCUUCUAGAAAGAGGUGCAAAUCCCAAUCAUGUAGAUAGAUAUGGCCGUAGUCCAGUCAAAGUGGCUGGGAAACACGGGCACUUUAACAUUGUCAGGCUCUUAGAGAGCUACGGAGCCAAGCCAUAUGUAGGCCUGUUGUCUAGCACCGGUACUUUUUCCCCUGCAAAACCCAACAGGAUCCCCUCCUCAGGCAUCUCAGUGAGUAAUGGAGGUGACGUAACAGCCGCUACCUCCUCCUCUUCAGUAUCUUCUCCCGGCUCCACUGCAGAACGAUUCCACUCCAUGCAAAGCUCCCAAAACUCAUCUACCUGCCACUCCCUGGCGACAGUGCAGACAGUGCCAGCUGACAGCCUCAGCUUUAUUCAGCAGAUCCAACAGCACUCACUACCCCGUAGUCGUAGCCGUCACUCCACCCUCCCCCCACCAGGGAGCUCAGGCAUGGGCAGCCACCAUGGAAGCAGCCAGAGGCAUCCCAAAGGCAUCCCUCCUCCCACUGUUUGCACUGUCACUGCCAUGGUGCACGACUGUGAACUGUCUCAGAAUGGCCUGUCGUCUGGGCUUGAAUAUCAUGACAAAAUGAACAAACAAAACUCAAACUUAAUAAAAGCAGACAGAAUUACUUAUGCUGGUGGCAAAUGGCAUACAGUCAUGGCUUCCCUUGGGAUAAUGCCUGGCCAAGACAGCCCUGCAGUAGGUCCUAAAAACAGGGAUGGUCCUCCUCUAGGUUACCCAUAUGGGCUACAAAGCCCACUUCAAGGGGAAGCCUGGGAUUCUCUACCCCAGAAGAACAUUUUGUCACCAGCUUGCUACAGUUUUACCCCAGUCCCACCUUGCAGUGCCUUGCCAGAGGAUGUUAUGGUCACUAUGACAACCACAGACCCGCAGCUUAAUCUGAAACAAGCCAUCAAACUGCAGUUUGAGGGUCCCACCAGUGCAGCCUUAUACAAGAGAGAGACACCCCUCUGAUUGGUGCUUCAGUACGUGUCCAAAGUUAUCUACUGCUACACUUUCUUUCUUUAAAACUUUUUAUUUUACUUUGUUAGAGUAUGUGGGUUAAUGCUGAAACAAAAAGUUCAUCAACAGUAAAUUCAGUAAUUUAGAGAAAGUAAUUUAUCAAGCAAAACUGCCUACUCUCUGGUUCCAGCAUCUCCAAUAUGAGGAUUUGCUGCUUUUCUCUUUUUAAUAUCGUUUUAUAUAUUGCAGAGGUCCCAAUCUGGAAAUUAACAGGUUAUUUUGUGGUAUCAAAACAAACAUAGUUGCCCCAGGUGGCAUGCAUUUAGGGCAUUCACAAAUAUUUAAAUUCUAAUGACAAUAUCUUUUUUUAGGGGGAGUUGGACAUUUUUGCAGUUCAAUGAGAAGACAUGUUCACCGUGUACAAUGACUUUCUGGGUUCAGAUUAGAGAGGAAGUAAUCACUUUCUCCACCCCCCUUCAGAAAACCAGAGGAACAACCAACUGAAUGACAUCAAAGCUUACAUUCCUGCCUUUCCUGUUGUGUGUGUUGAGCAGGGCUCUCACAGACAAGAUCAAGCUGAUUUAAUUUUGUGUAAACCAUUGUACUGGGGACCGUGUUAGCGCCACAGUAAAAAACACUCUUUAUUAUGGAACACAAGUGUCUAGGUUGGGUUAUGUUUUAAAUUAUUAAGUAAAGAUCCCUUUUUUAGGCAGUAAACCUUGUUUUAGAGAUUUCAAUUUGUGGCCUUGACCUUUAUUGAAGCCUUUGAUAUUUACUAUAUACUGGCCUUCAUGUCCCAUAGGUCCAUUGCUGACAACCAAACCAAAACAGUUUGCAGAAAAGCAAGUCUUCCAAAGCCUACCCGAGUGCGGGGUUUAUGAUACAUACUAUAAAAGACAGCCAAGUUUACUGAAUCAACUUGGCUCACUCACAGUGUGUCUGAGCAGGCAGGCAGGAAGGAAAGUGAAAACUGGACGUUAAGGACUGAGGGUGGAU